UGAAGCAUGGCAUCAAUGACUCUGAUAAGGGCAAGUGUACGACCAAUCUGCUUGACAACUGACAAGAGGCUGGGGUUUGAAGCAGACUGCAAAAAGAGCACAAGAAAGUGAUUUGCAAAGGGCAUUCCAGUUGUUAGCCUUACAUCUUCUUUCCUCUGUCUGUAAUGAAACAAGACUGUUAAUCAGCUAUAAUACCCUUGUCCUCUUGUCUCUCCACCAGAAAGUAACUAUAGAAGAAAUGCAUUGUUUUGGAGUAUUAGCUGCACUGUCUGUUUUCAACAUCAUUGCUUGUUUGACAAGAGGCAAGCCUUUAGAAGACUGGGACAAGUUAUCAGCUAUGGGAAAGUCUGAUGCACACUUUCAUGAUCCUGGGGAAGUAGAAGAUGAGUCCCAUUUUGACUUUAAAUCUUUCCUGGAGAAUAUGAAGACGGAUUUACAAAGGAGUUUGAAUUUGUCAAGAAUCCCCUCACAAGUGAAGACUAAAGAAGAACCACCACAGUUCAUGAUUGAUUUAUACAACAGAUAUGCUGCAGACAAGUCCUCCAUCCCUGCAUCCAAUAUUGUAAGGAGCUUCAGUACUGAAGAUGUUGUUUCUUUAGAUUCACCAGAAGAAAAUCCAUUUCAGAAACACAUUUUGUUCUUCAACAUCUCUAUUCCACAAUAUGAGGAAAUCACCAGAGCUGAACUGAGAAUUUAUGUCUCCUGUCACAGAGAAGCUGAGUCUCUCUCUAGGCUGGAAGGCACCAUGGUCAUUUAUGAUGUUCUAGAUGAUGGACACUGGGAAAACCCAGAAAGUACCAAAUCUUUCCUUGUCUCCCACAGUAUCCAGAAGUGUGGUUGGGAGAUGUUUGAAGUGUCCAGCGCUGUGAAAAGAUGGGUCAGAGCAGACAAACUGAAGACUAAAAACAAGCUAGAGGUUGUUAUAGAGAGUAAAGUUCUGAGUGGUUUCACUUGUGAGAAGCUGGAUAUCAGUGUUGCCCCGGAUGCUAAAAAUCUGCCCCUGUUAAUGGUGUUCUCCAAUGACCGCAGCAAUGGGACAAAAGAGACCAAAGUAGAGCUCCGGGAGAUGAUUGUUCAUGAACAAGAAAGUGUGCUAAAGAAGCUAGGCAAGAACAACACUUCAUCUGAAGAGGAUGAACAGGGAGAGGAAAAGGCUAUCACUGGGCCGCACCAGCAUUCCUCCAGAAGCAAGAGAAGCGUUGGGGCCAACCACUGCCGGAGAACUUCCCUCCAUGUGAACUUUGAAGAGAUUGGCUGGGAUUCCUGGAUCAUCGCACCAAAAGAUUAUGAGGCUUUUGAGUGUAAAGGAGGUUGCUUCUUCCCUCUGACAGAUAACGUUACCCCAACAAAACAUGCUAUUGUCCAAACUCUGGUGCAUCUCCAAAACCCAAAGAAAGCCUCCAAGGCCUGUUGUGUUCCAACCAAACUGGAUUCAAUCUCCAUUCUUUAUAAGGAUGAUGCUGGUGUGCCUACUUUGAUAUAUAACUAUGAAGGGAUGAAAGUGGCAGAAUGUGGCUGCAGGUAGCAUACAAGGCAGAAUCUCUAAGAAUAAGAAUACCCCCUUUUUCUGCUCUGUGUAAAUCUGUACAGCAGCGAUGCAAAUGAAAAUCCUUGCAAACAAGGUUUGGAGCAGGGUAUGGGGCUGCUUGUUGGGUUUGCUGCUUGUUUUAAAGGAAAAUUGUCAUUUAGAGAAUGGCAAUUAUUGUAAAUAGCCAGCAUUAUAUAUCAUGGCAAAGUGAAUACUGGAUUAAAAUAUUGUGAGACUGAAUGAACUAUGCAUUAUCUGCCAAUGUGAUAGAAUUUGAAUACCUUAUUUCAACCUUUCCGUUUAAUCAAUUCUGUUUAGGUCACAAACAAAAGGAUUUUCAGUGGAGAUUUAGGAUGUCCAGCAAAUGUUUAACAGCUAUUGAAAUCUAAUUCUCUCAGCCAACUCUGACAUUUUCAACUUCUGUAAAACUCUGUAAAUGGAAUGUAGUCUGCAUGAUAAAGUCAGGAGUCUAAAUCCAGGAAGCCUUUUCUCAUAUCAAUAAUCUCAGAGGCUUUUACAGGCAAAUUGUUUGCUCCUGCAAGUGAAGAUUUGCAGUAUUCAAAACAGUAGAGACUCUCAGUCUUACUUCGUUCCCAAGUUUCCUUCUCUGGGUAGCAGGUGCCUUAGUUUCAGCUUUCUUAUCCUCAACAUCCCUAUUUUUACCCCUUUAUGGCACAUACUUGAAUGAUAAGAAGUGCAGCCUUCCGCUUCUAAGACACUGUUUCCUAGGAGGAACAGCAGCCCUUAUCUCUGCACAAAGAUAAGGAACCACUUUGACCUACUGCAUAUUCUUAGUAUUUCUUUGCAAGAACAUGCAGUCAAAUGAUGUUCAGCCUUAGAAGCUGUAUCCUAAGAGCAGUGGGGGUUGGCAAAGCUCAGCACUUUUGAAAAGCCCAGGCUACUUAUUUGAAGG